AUGCCUGUUAACUAUCUCAUCCUGCUCUCCCGGCAGGGCAAAGUGCGUCUUGCCAAGUGGUUCACAACUCUCUCGCCCAAGGAGAAGGCCAAGAUCAUCAAGGAUGUGACCCAGCUUGUGCUGUCGCGCCGGACGCGCAUGUGCAACUUUCUUGAAUACAAAGACUCGAAAGUGGUGUAUCGUCGCUAUGCCUCCCUAUUCUUCAUCGCUGGCUGCGCCUCGACCGAUAACGAAUUGAUCACCCUGGAGAUUGUCCACCGCUACGUGGAACAGAUGGACAAGUACUACGGCAACGUGUGUGAACUGGACAUCAUCUUCAAUUUCCAGAAGGCAUAUUUCAUUUUGGACGAGCUAUUAUUGGCCGGGGAAAUGCAGGAGAGCAGCAAGAAGAACGUCCUUCGCUGUAUCAGCCAACAAGACAGCCUGGAAGACAUGGAGGUUGAGGAAGAUGUGGUCACCAAGAUCAUGUAG